AUGACCUCGAGCGCUACCUCCAAGUGUGAGGCCUCUCACCUUGAGAGGUUCGAUACAGGGGACUACGAAGGUCGCGUUCAUCUCAAGACCUACCUUGUUGUUCUGGCAAUCGAUUUCAUAUACUUUGUGCAAAUUUUCAACGUGGUCGGGGCCGGUUCACUGGGGACCAAUAUCACAUCUGUCAUCGGGGGUUCGAGCCACAUUGUCUGGUUCACGAGCUCCAUUACGGUCACCACGGUAGUGCUCUGUCCUCCAGUGAGCCAAGCUGCUGAUUAUUUUGGGAGAAAAUGGCUGCUUGUUAUCCUUACCACUUGCGGUGGUGUAGGCGCCAUCGUUAUCUCCAGAGCUCAAUCAAUUGGCGCCGCCAUCACCGGAUUCGCCCUAGGAGGCGUCUCGUUUGGUGCCCAAUCAAUUCUAUACGCCGUUGCGUCUGAAGUCCUGCCUCGAAAGUAUCGGUCCUGGGCACAAGCUAGCAUUCAGAUCGCGGGUUCUCUGGGUGGCAUAGUUGGUCUGCUUGCGGGAGGUGCUCUCGUCACCAACGACAGCACUGGCGGGUUCCGCACGUAUUUCUAUAUCGAUGCGGCAAUCUUCUUCGUUGCUGCCAUCCUAUGCGCCUUUUUCUACAACCCACCAAUACGAGAGCUUCAGACAUUACCGCUGCGAGAAAAGCUUCAGCGGCUCGACUGGAUUGGGUAUGCUCUACUGACCAUUGGGCUGCUUCUAUUUUGUAUCGGUCUAUCCUGGUCCCAGAACCCGUACUCGUGGCGAGACGCACACGUCCUUGCACCCUUUAUCGUCGGCGUCCUUGUGGCUAUCGCAUUCGUUGCCUACGAAUAUUAUAAGGCGGACGGCAUGGUUCACCGCAAACUUUUCCAGGACCGAAAUUUCGCCAUUUCCUUGGGAACCCUCGGUGUAGAGGGCUUGGUCUACUUCUCUGUCAACAACUACUUUGCCUUGGAGAUGAUUAUCUUGUUCCGUGCUGACGCUUUCCGAGCCGGUUUGCACUUUUCAAUAGUCUUCUAUGUCUACGUCGUGUCCGCUCUGCUCGCCGGCGUUUGGAUUACGUACCUGAAAUCCAUCCGCAUUCCAGCGGUCGUGGCGUUUGUGCUCUUCAUUGCCUUCUACAUUGCGAUGGCAACAGUCGACACGAGCACUCCAGUGCGGAACCUCUGGGCCUACCCCAUCCUGAUUGGCUUCGGGUUGAGUAUAUGUGUCGUGGUUCUGGUGACUGCUGCACAGUUCGCAGUACCACCCGAGCUAAUCUCCACUUCUUCCGGUCUGGUUACAUCUGUCAGAAGUCUUGGUGGCACAAUCGGCCUCGCGAUAUACAAUGCAAUCCUUAAUGCUACACUCGCAAAGCACCUGGAACCAAAGAUUGUUGGCGCUACGAUCCCCCUCGGCUUACCCGCAACUAGCCUAGGCGAACUGAUUCCUGCUCUUCUAACCGGCAAUCCCGCAGCUCUGGCUGCUGUUCCCGGUGUGACCUCAGAAAUCGUCGGUGCAGCUGGACUGGCGGUAGCCGAAACCUAUGUCCUGGGAUUUCGAUAUAUUUGGAUCGCCGCAGGGGCAUUCACCGUGGUGGCCUUAGUUGCGUCAUUAUUCCUUCGUGAUCCUAAGGCCGAUUUCAAUGGCCACAUCGAUGCUCCAAUCGAGAUCCGAGAUCAAGAGAAGAGUCGAGGAGAUAAGGUAUCAGCAUAG